AUGCUGCGCCUGGCGGUGGCUCGUGGCAGGCACGGCGCCACCGCAAAGCAUGACAUCUUUUGCGUGGAGCUCUUUGCCGGAAUCAAGACGGUUUGCGGCGGUUUCAAAGGGUGUGGCUACGACGCCACAUCUUUUGAAGUGGCGGAUUCCCCUUUUGAGAACAUGUUGUCCGGCCUUGGAUGCGUCAAGGACCACGCAAUCAACGUGGACCCGCCGGGCGAGCUUCUGCCGGGCCAGUGGCUGAAUUCCAGCAACGUAUUGCUUGACAAUCGGUGGGUGCUCAAAGCCAUCCUCUCGUUGGAGGUGUUCCGGCAGCGCAAGCCCUCGAAAGCAGAGCUAGAGAUCACUUUGAAGGGCUUGGCUCUCCGCGGCCACGGGGAGAUCGAGUCUUGGCGCGACAGUGAUUCCAAGUUGGCCAUGGCGAUGGCCAUUACUAAGAUUCAGAAGCUGUGGAGCAGCCUUCGCCGCAAGUGGCAAGUGGGCCACCGCGCCAAGCUGGAAAUCCUGCUGCGGCAGAAGGCCUUCAAGCCUCGAGUCCGGAGCGACGGCAUCAAGGUGACGGGGGAGGCUACUCGCUCGUCCGGCCCCAAGCAGUGCCCAAAACCCACCUACGUGUACUCCAACUACCGCAUGAUCUCUGCCCUGUACUUGCCCCUCCCUUCCAAUCACAAGUGGACUGCGGAGAUGAGUGUGAAGUAUGAGGAUUCCUGCGGGAUUCGACGGGUCGCAGGAGGAGCAGACUUAAAGAAAAGUCAGCACUAUCCAAAACUCUUCGGAGCUUCGGUGGCCCAGCUGUGGGUUGCCAACAAGGACCGUUUCCCCCGAUGGAUCAGUAUUUUCUCAACAUGCCCGAAGUCUGUUCAUGCGCCCUUAGGACAUGAUCCAGAAGGAGGUGCGCGAAAAACAGCGACUUGUAUAAAUACCUGA